UGCAAAGGGCUUGCAGUCCUUGGCUGGAAGGUGCUGUCUCAGCUUCUGAGAGACCCCAUAGGGGACACAGCAGGUGGCCCUACAAAUCAGGAGUGGUCCUCACUUCUUUGAGGAGGGUGACUGGCCAAUUUUCUAUUAUUUCAGGUCCAGGGGAGAUCACAGCAGCCAUCAGGAUGGCAGUUUACAGGAGCAAGAUGUGCAUCCUCCUGCACGUGCAGAAAUACUCCUUCAUCUCCACUUCCUUUAGCCUGACACUUUCAGGGAGGCUGGGAGACAGCAGCAUCAGGAACCCUAAAGCUGCAAGAUCUGAGAUUUUUAAUUUUAAUUAUUUUUUUGUCAGCAUUUGAAAUUCUGACUUUCAGUUAGGAAAUAUGUUGAAGUCAUGGUAUGAAUCAUCCCUACCCUCAAUUUUAGGACCCAUCACAUGGGGAAUGGGAACAGAAAAUUAGUCAUUUUGUUAAUCUGCUUCCAAUAAGAAUUAUUUAGAAAUCCAUAGUGGGGAGGGGUAAGAAUAAAAUGAGUGGCCUUAGGGAGCAGCCAUCAUGUGUCCUGGCACCCACAGCCACCUGCUGGCUUCCCUGGUGUUUUUCUGGGGCAGGGCCUGGCAGCUGCCUGCACUUCUGGUUCAUGAUCAAAGCAACCUCCUGGGGCAAGUACAAAUAGAGGCAGCUGGAAGCCCGCCUUCUGCUGAGAAGGCUCUUCCCCAAGAAAAGUAAUUCUUGCCCCCAAAAAAAGCCCAUUAUUUCUCCUACCUGGCGGUGUAAUGAAGGCACACACUAUUAAUGCAGGGGGUUGGCAGGGAAGCUCAUUAAGAUGGGGGUCUGUUUGCAAGUGGAGCAAUGAGACACCCCCAGCUGUGGUAUUGAGUGAUAAUAAAGCACUGAGUGGGGCACAGCAAAGGUGAAUGGUUUUAGGUUUAUUGCCUGAUGGGGUUUUAUGGUGGUUUGUUUUGUUGUUGUUGUUUUUUUCUUAACUAGGCUGAUGCUAUGAUGGUGGAGUAUUGGGGAUGAGAUGCUGAGUGCAGCCUGUGAGGUCCCUCCCAAGCAGGAACCGAGGGGUUCAGGGAGCAUUGCAGGUCCCCUCAGAUAAGGAUGAGCCUUCAUCCUGUCAGCUCCCUUGUGAGGCCAGGGAUUUGGGGGAAGAGGGCCAGGCUGGUUUUGAGUGGGAGCUGACCUCCCACAGAAGGCAGGGGGAGGGCAGGCAGAGAAGGGAGCAGCCCCCAGCCCUCUCCAAGGGGACAGAUAACAUCCUGCAUCUGGCAACAAGCUGCAGACAGCACCCAAAACUCCCAGAGGUUACAGCAAGGACCGCCUGUACUUGCAAGGAUAUGUGGAAGCAAUAAAAUCCAUUGGAUUUUGGGGUGCUGGAGAAUGUGGUGGGAAUUAAGCUCUGGCUUCUUUUUGGGGGUUUCUCUCACAUGAGGACCAAAGCUGGCUGCCCCUUUCCCAGUUUUUGGCAGCAGUGCCACACGCUGGGCUGCUGGUAAAUGAUUGCCUGGAAGGCCGGCUGAGGUGGGGCUGGAGGUUGGUGCCUGGUUUGAACCCGGACAGGUGCCUGGGACCCGUGUGCCAGCAGCCAUCCUGCUCCCACAGCACUCGGCAGACGCUGGAUUUUGCUGGCAAGGCAGCCUGUCCUGCAAUGACCCAGAGCACCUGAGGCCCGGCAGCCGUGGGGAUGGAGCUGAAGGUCUGGGUGGAUGGGAUCCAAAGGGUCGUGUGUGGAGUCUCGGAGCAAACCACCUGCCAAGAAGUGGUCAUCGCCCUGGCACGGGCCAUUGGUCAGACGGGUCGCUAUGUGCUGGUGCAGAAGCUGCGGGAGAAGGAGCGGCAGCUGCUACCUCUGGAGUGUCCCUUGGAGUCACUGGCCAAGUGUGGGCAGUAUGCCAACGAUGUGCAGUUCAUCCUGCGGCGGACAGGCCCCAGCAUGGCCGAGCGGCCCUCCUCGGAGGGCGCUCCCCAAGCUCCCGAGAGGACGUUCAUCCGGGCCAGCUUGCCCAUCAAGCCCAGGCUCACCAGCAUAGAUGGACCCCGUUCCAGGGAGCCAAAAAAAUCCAUGACCUUCAACCUGGGUCCUACAGGCUCCAGCGACCUGUUCACCGUAGGCCGAUGGAGGCACCAAACGCGGGAUGGGCUAGACUUAGAGGGUGGUGGUGUUGUGCAGCCCUCCAAGGAGGAGCUUUUUAGGAGAGUGCUGCAGCAGCAGGAGCAGCUGCAUUCCUUGGAGGUCCAUGGAGACACCCUAGAAAUGGACCUACGGCUCUGGGAGCGCAGCCGGCUUGCCGGCCAGGAGAAUGAGAUCCUCUAUCUGGAGCAACUGGUGCGGAGGAACGAGACGGAGCUGGGUGAGGAGGAGUUUUGGCAGAGUGAGCUCCGGCUGGAAAAGGAGUGUGAGCGGGAGCGGCAGGAGCGGGUUAGGAGCCUGCGGGCCAGCCUGGAGGAGUACACCCAGAGGAUCUAUGAGCUGAGUGUCCGGACUGAAGCCCUGCAGGAGGAGAUCCAAUGGGAGAUGGCCGAGAGGGCCAAGAGGGGGAAGGAGAUCUCUAUGCCCAGCCCCAUAGAGCUGGAGGACAUGGCCACCAAAAUGAAAAGGGACCUGGAGGCCAAAGUCAAGCAAGGCACCCAGCUGGAGAGCAACCUGGCCAGCGUGGAGAAGGCACUGGAGGAAGCUGAAAAGAACCUGCAGGCCCAGACCCAAGAGCUGGAGGAGUUAAAUAAGGAGCUGAGGCAGUGUAAUUUGCAGCAGUUUAUUCAGCAGACGGGGGCCACGGUGACCGUCCUGCAGGCCAGGUCCGAGGAGGACGCCCAGCCGGAGCCGAGCCCGUGCGAGCUGCCAGCCUACCGGAGAAACGGAGGUUUUUCUCCCACCGCUGGUAUCGACUCACCUCCCCAGGUCAGCACCAAGCAGCUCCUCGGCCAUCCCAGAACCCUGGCGGAGCCCCUGGUGUCCAGCCUGAACCCCGAGGGUGCGUAUGUCCCAGUGGGGCCUUGGGAGCAUGAGCUGGUCUGCAGAGGAUGGGUGGGGAGAGGGGAGAGGCUUUUGCUGCCCAAAAUGGGCUGCAGAGAGCAAGCGUGUGCUGGUGGUGGGAAGCUGGAGCUAUUUAUAGAUGCCAUUAGGAAGCGCAAAGCUCACACUCCGGCAGUCUCUGCGCUGCUGCCAGGGGCUCGCAUGCUGGCAGCUCGGAUCUCUGCCCUGCCAGGAGCUGUGGAGGAUGGUGCUUAUCCCCUCUCCUGCCACUCUGUAUCCCCCAAGGUUAAAACGUUUCUCAGUUAGGAUGGGGAGAACUUGUCUCCUGUCUUUUACAGGAGCUACUUUUGCUCCAUCCUAGUGACCAGUUCAUCCCAAAACCCUUUCUACCUCCCCUGACUCUUUUGUCACCUUGUAUCUGUGUUUUGGGUGUAGCAAAAGAGAGCUGUGGUAGGGACACCUACCUGCUGUGGUGAUGCUGCCUCCACCCUAGCAUCCUACUCCCACCCAUGCCACUUUUUCCUCAGCAAAACCCUACUGCCAUCCUCCCCACAGCCCCAUACACCCACCCCCAUCCUUCAGGACACUGUGGCAACCGCAUUCCCAUCUCCCAGUCCAGGCUUUGUGCUCACGUACAUCCUGUUUUCCGCUCCCCUUCCUGCAAGUGCUCAUCCACCACAGUGGGAUUGCUCAGGUGUUUUUUCUUCUCUUGU